CCGUCAGCACGGACGACGAGCUGAGCGCCGACCUGCUGCAGCUGAUGGUGCCCGUGGCCUCGUCCGAGCGACUGCCCAUGCGGACGCGGACGCCGUCCGUGGGCGACGACCUCGGCGACGACGACCUGGAGGACGAGGAGGUGGCGGCGGUGUGGGGCUCGGACGUGCUGCAGCUGCCCACCUCCCUGGAGAUCGACAUCCGGAUCCGCAAGGGCUCCCUCCCCUUGGGGCUGAGCGUGGACUCCGUAGGGCGCGGCGUCAACGGCAUGCUGGUCGUGGCCGUGGUGCCGGGCGGCGCGGCCUACCGCGACGGCCGCAUGGUGCCCGGCGACCUAGUCGUGUCCGUCAACAACGAGUCCCUGCGCCACGUGACCAACGCCCAGGCCCGCGCCAUCCUCAAGAGGGCCAACCUCGUCUCCACGCACCUCAACGUGGUGUACAUCCCCGGGGAGGCGGCCGCCGCCUACCGACGCUCGCUGGCCGAGGUGCCCACCGUGACGCCGCCCCCGAAGCACAGCAAGCAGCCGUCACCUAGGAUCUUUCCUGAGUACUACCGCUCGCCGUACAUCCACGAGGGCGGGCCGGACGCGCGGACGCGCAGCGCCAGCGAGAGCUCGGGCGACCUCCUUGAAGAGCCGCCGGAACCGCCUGCACCCGACGAGGACCCGGAGCCGCCACCGCCGCCGGACGAACCGCCCGGGCCGUCGCCGCUCCCGCCGCCACCCGAAGAACUCCUCGCGGAGGCCGAGUCGCUGCCGGAGUCCGAACCAGAGUACCCGACCGCGCCGCUCAAGCCGACGUCCACGCCGCUGUACGCGCACGUGGUCGGCAAGGAGUUCCAGCUCUCCUCCGAGGAGAGCCUCAACGAGGAGCUCCUGCGCCUCCGGGACGACAUCUGCCCGGCCGUCGGCCAGACCGAGCUCCCCUCGGUUGGCACGUCGCCGGCGGAGCGCUCGCCCGUGCUGAGAGUUCCCCGUCGUCGGCACCUCGCCGUCGCCCGACGCGCUCGACGCCCUCGACCACGAUGA